AUGGUAUCCAUGGAGCACGAAAACAAUGUGACAGAGUUCAUCCUCCAUGGACUGACACAAGAUAAGACAGUGGUGAAAGCCACCAUCAUUCUUGGAAACCUGCUUAUCAUCAUUAUUAUAAAGACAAGUGAGCAGCUGAACUCUCCCAUGUACUUCUUCCAGAGCCACUUGUCUUUUGUGGACAUCAGCUACUCUACCGUCGUAGCUCCCAAACUCAUUUAUGACCUACUUCGAGAACUGUUUGGGGGCCAUCUCUUCAGAUGCACUGAGAUCUUCCUUCUCACAGUGAUGGCCUAUGACCGUUGCACUGCUAUAUGCAAGCCUCUUCAUUACACAAGUAUUGUGACCAAGCAUGUCUGCAUCUGGCUGGUGGCAGCUUCUUGGGUGGGAGGCUUUGUACACUCCAUGGUGAAAACCCUGCUGGUCAUUCAGCUGCCUUUUUGUGGGCCCAGCGAGAUUGACCACUAUUUCUGUGAUGUUCCCCCGCUACUGAAGCUGGCCUGCACUGACACCUACAUUACUGGUGUCAGAGUGGUUGCCAACAGUGGUGUGACUUCCCUGGGCUGUUUCAUUGCUCUUAUUGUGUCCUACACUAUUGUCUUGGUUUCUUUGAGGACAUGCUCUUUCAAAGGGCGUCUCAAAACAGUUCAUACAUGUACUUUCCAGAUCAUUAUUGUAGUUCUGCUCUUUGGGCCAGGCAUUUUCACCUAUAUGCACCCUUCCACCACAUUCUCAGCAGACAAGAAGGUCUCUGUGUUCUACACCAUCAUCAUGCCCAUGCUCAACCCCUUGAUCUACACCCUCCGAAACAAAGAAGUGAAAAAUGCCAUGAAAAAGUUGAGGAGCAGGAAAGUGCAGAGGAGUGAGAAGUGA